CCGGGGAGGGACACUGCCUAGCUGCUCCUCUGCUCCUGUCUCCUGUCUCCUCCCCUGGCCAUGACAGAGACCCGUGAGCCAGCUGAGACUGGGGGCUAUGCCAGCUUGGAAGAAGACGAUGAGGACCUCUCUCCAGGCCCUGAGCAUUCCUCUGACUCUGAAUACACUCUCUCAGAGCCAGACUCCGAAGAGGAAGAAGAUGAGGAGGAGGAGGAGGAGGAGGCCACUGACGAUCCUGAAUAUGACCCUGGCUACAAGGUGAAGCAACGCCUGGGGGGGGGCCGGGGGGGCCCGUCCCGCCGGGCCCCCCGUGCAGCCCAGCCCCCGGGCCCCCCAGCCCAGCCCUGCCAGCUCUGUGGCCGCUCACCCCUUGGGGAGGCCCCACCAGGCACCCCACCUUGCCGGCUCUGCUGCCCAGCUACAGCCCCCCAGGAAGCUCCAGCCCCUGAAGGCAGGGCCCUCGGGGAGGAAGAGGAGGAGCCGCCUCGGGCUGGGGAGGGUCGACCAGCUGGGAGGGAGGAGGAGGAGGAAGAUGAGGAGGAGGAGGGCACCUAUCACUGUACGGAGUGUGAGGAUUCCUUCGACAACCUCGGGGAGCUGCACGGGCACUUCAUGCUGCAUGCCCGGGGCGAGGUGUAGGCAGAGCCCCCCACCCAGGGAGCUUGGCUAAAGGGGUGGGGUGGGAGGAGGGGGCUGAGGAAAUUGGGGUGGUCGCAAUGGUCAUAUGGGACGGGGUACCGCCGAUCUGUGUCGUCUUAGCAGUAGAUGUGUGAAGGCCAGAAUAAAAGCCAAAUUCUGUGUGUGUC